AUGAAAGCGUUUCAAGGUGUCACACGAACAGCCUUUUUGGGAUUUUUCUCGUCCCAUAUUGUGUUUACCGUCAUUGUCGAUUUGCAAGCGCUGCUGCCGGCAACUCUCUUUCCCACACCACUCCGAAACUUACUGGCAUGGUAUACUGCGACCUUGAAAGACCCACUCAUGUCUGAUCCACCGCUGUGGUUCCAAUCGCUCAUUUGCUUCGAACUCGUGAUACAGUUGCCCUUUUUCUGCACGGCCUGCUACUAUCUGACCAAGUACCGUGUGCUGUACCCGGACAAGUUUCGGAUUGCGUGCAUCGCCUACAGUGCACACGCAUGCACUUCCAUGGGACCCAUAUUGGCGUCGCUAGCUACCGCCACAGCCUUGAGCACGGUCGAACGAGCCGUACUCGUCAAUCUUUACCUACCUUAUUUGAUCUUUCCGGCCUGGUUGUUGUUGGCUUCCGUAUUUUCUUCCGUGCCCACCGAAAGACCCAAGAUUUAUUGA